AUGCGACAGCGACUUCUACAAAAGAGGAAUGAUCAAGAACUCAUUGAACAAAGUCAAGAAAGUAUGGCAGAGGCUCGACGAUCGAAAGUUGUAAUGCGUUCAGAAGAUGGUGGUGGUCAACGCUAUCCGGAAAAGGUUAUUCUACUUGCAAAAGGUAUAAAAAUACCAUGUAUCAAUAUAAGCCUUAAGCAUGGAGGAUUCAACGCAGCUACACUUCAUCAAGCUGCAACAAAUUUACACAAAGAAAAUCUUGGUGCGUUUAAUUCUUUUAUUCUAAUACUUGGCUAUGAAACUUGA